AUGUCUUCUUCCAGCGACGAUCCAAAAGAAAAGAAUCUCUUUGCUUCUGAUCCUGCUCCAUCCUCUAUCCGAACCACUGGAUUCUCCGCAACUAGUACAACCAAAAAGGAUUCUGUUGUGUCCUCCAACCAGACCGCGGAGACUGGUGAUCUUCCGUUGCGGGAGGAAAUCUGGAUUGGCAAUAUCCUCCCCUUUCUGGGAUUGGGAUACUAUGUCAUUCUGGCCAGUGUCAGCAAGAAAAUGAAGGAUGUCUACUUGACGUUUUGCAAGACAAUCAAGAAUCCUCCUCCAAUUCUACAGGGCCGAAAGUUAAGAGAGUUCAGAUUGGGUGGUCUGGAAAUUCCAACGCCCUAUACCUACACCUACUACAGUGCUGCAUUUUUCAGUGAUGAAGAUGCAGACUAUUGGAACAAGAAGGUAGUCCGGGGAGAUGAGGCCAUCCACAAUGAAGUCUGCCACUCUCUUGCCAUGAGAGGAAAUCUACACAUGCUCCAGCUGCUCCAGCUGCUCCGGUGGGCUAACGGCAAAAUUCUUCUGUGCGAUCAUAACACAUGCAAUUUUGCAGCAACGGGGGGACAAUUGGAUACCUUGAAAUGGCUGCGUGAGAUUGGUUGCCCAUGGAAUGCAAUGACAUGCAUUGCAGCUGCUGCAAGUGGCCACUUGGAUCUAGUGAAAUGGCUGCAUGAGAAUGGUUGCCCAUGGAAUGAAGGUGCAUGCACCCAAGCUGCUGCAAAUGGCCACUUGGAUCUAGUGAAAUGGCUACAUGAGAAUGGCUGCCCAUGGAAUGAAGACACAUGCUGCAGAGCUGCUGGAAAAGGCCACUUGGAUAUAUUGAAAUGGCUGCAUGAGAAUGGUUGCCCAUGGAAUAUAAAUACAAGCAGAGCAGCUGCUGCAAAUGGCCACUUGGAUCUAUUGAUAUGGCUGCAUGAGAAUGGCUGUCCAUGGAAUGAAGGUGCAUGCACCGGCGCUGCUGCAAAUGGCCACUUGGAUGUUGUGAAGUGGGCUUGUGAAAAUGGUUGCCCAUGGAGUGUUUAUACAUGCAGGGCAGCUGCUGAAAAGGGCCACUUGGAUGUAUUGAAAUGGCUUCAUGCGAAUGGGUACCCAUGGGAAGAAGAGGACAUAGUAUUAUGUGAUGUAGCUGCUCUAUAUGGCCACUUGGAAACAUUGAAAUGGCUGCGUGAGAAUGGUUGCAGCUGGCAUGAAUUCACAUGCAGCGCAGCUGCAUCUAAUGGUCACCUUGAGGUCCUAAAAUGGUUGCAUGAGAAUGGUUGCCCAUGGGAAGAAGACACAUGCUGCAGAGCUGCUGGAAGUUGGCACUUGGAUGUUUUGAAAUGGCUGCAUGAGAAUGGUUGCCCAUGGGGAGAAGACACGUGCACCAGCGCCGCUGAGUGUGGGGAUCUCGAUGCAUUGAAAUAUGCACGUGAAAAUGGUUGCCCAUGGGAUGGAAACACACGAAUUGCUGCUAGGGAGGAAGGGUACCAGGAUAUUCUAGAAUGGUGCAUUGCCAAUGGCUGUCCUGUUGAAGCACCGGAUCCCAGGGACAAUGGCGAGGACAACUAUGACGGUUGGUAA